UUGCUUGCUUCAGUAAUUGUUACAUUAUGUCUUGGAAUUCAAAGACUUGGUCUUGGGUUAAAAAAUAUUUCUCUGUCAACCCUUUAUCAACAGACGGUAUGCCCGUCGUUGGCAAAUUCCGUACACCUGCAGUUGGUUCUCGACCUGAAAAAUAUGUUUAUCCUAAAACAAAAGCAUCCAACAUCAGCAACAACUAUUAUUUCCAACGUGACACUCGUAGAAACUACCCUCGCUUAGCUGUAUACACUCAAAAGGAAGUUGCUGGUCUUCUUGAGGGAGCACCUGUCAAACCAAGCCUUACCCCAGAAUUAGCCACUGACAUUGCAACAACUCCAGAGGUUAAACCUCUUGUCGAAGUUUUGAACUCUCGUCAACUUUAUUCUGCCAGCAAGCCUGCUCCUACUCCCAACUUUGGCCGUAAAGUUCACUGGAAGGCUUCUGAGGAUUUCGUCCCACCCAACGAUGGCUCAUACUUCCCUAUGAGAGUCAUUACCACGUAGAUAUAAACAGAUACAUUACACUAAGAAUAAAAAGCGCUUUUGUAUGAAACAUUAUGACGAUUUGCCUUUUUAUGUGUUGGAGUUUAGAAAGAUUAGAAGGAAAAAACCAUACUGAACAUUACCGUAUAUUGGGCAUCAUAAGUAUGUUUGUGGCCUUUUCUUAGGUGAAAGAUAGCAACUUAAUAUCUUUUCCAAACAUGAAAUCGAGAGCGAUGUGAUGCAUAACGAUAGCCAAGUAAUGUAUUUGUUAUCCUGUCCUGAAUUUUUGCCAUUUACAUGUUUGUGCAUCUAUUUCUGUAAUGGGUUUAUAUACUUGAUAGCUACAAUCUCUAAAGUCAGCCUUACAGUAAAAUAAGAAGCAUAUUGUUCCUUUACUUGUUAUAUUGAAUGAUUUGUAGAUCAACACUUGUAAUCAUAUUACUUGGUGUCGCGUG